AUGCGAUGCUCAAGCCUCGUCGCUGCGCUCCUUGGUGGCGCGCUCGCGGCGGUGCUCACGCGCGACGAAUGCACAGCGCUGGGGCUCGAUGCGACGGCCAUCGACUGCGACAGCUGCCGGAACGAUGCCGAGACGCGGGGCGAAUGCCUCGAGUGCUGCACGCCUCGGACAACGUAUGCGUCGGCGCAGCUCCGCAACCAUGGCCAAUGGUCGCUGCCCACCUUCUCGGUCCAGUAUGAACACGGCCACAAGCCGCAGUUGCGCUUCUACGACAACACGGGCGCCCUGCACACCACAGUCGAGGUCGAAUCGUGGAAGGAGGCGUCGAUCCGCGACUAUGUGACGCUCCUCCUCGCGCCAGCACGGUACGCUCGCGUCGAGCUCUAG